UUUCUCCUCCGCCGCGUAAUGGCUGCUCCCGAGACCCAGGGGCCUGCGGCCGGAGGGGAGGAAGACUGUGAGGGCAACCACAGCGAAGCCGGGGGUGUCAGUUAUGAGGACAGUAAGGAUUGUAUCCUGGAGCCGCUUUCCCUGCCAGAAAGUCCAGGUGGCACCACCGCUUUAGAAGGUUCUCCAUCUGUCCCUUGUAUUUUCUGUGAAGAACAUUUUCCUAUGGAUGAACAAGACAAACUUCUGAAGCACAUGAUUAUUGAACAUAAGAUGGUCAUAGCUGAUGUCAAGUUGGUUGCUGAUUUCCAAAGGUACAUUUUAUAUUGGAGGAAAAGGUUCACUGAACAGCCCAUUACAGAUUUUUGUAGUGUGAUAAGAAUCAAUUCCACAGCUCCCCUUGAAGAACAAGACAAUUACUUUUUGUUAUGUGACGUUUUACCAGAAGAUAGACUACUUAGAGAAGAACUUCAGAAACAGAGACUGAAAGAAAUUCUGGAACAACAGCAGCAAGAAAGAAAUGAUAACAAUUUUCAUGGUAUUUGUAUGUUUUGCAGUGAGGAAUUUUUCGGGAACAGAUCUAUUCUUUUGAACCAUAUGGCCAGAGAACAUGCUUUCAACAUUGGAUUGCCAGACAACAUUGUAAACUGCAAUGAAUUUCUAUGCACAUUACAGAAAAAACUGGACAACUUGCAGUGCUUGUAUUGUGAGAAGACCUUCAGGGACAAAAAUACACUGAAAGACCAUAUGAGGAAAAAACAGCAUCGGAGGAUUAAUCCUAAGAACAGAGAAUAUGACCAAUUUUAUGUCAUCAAUUAUUUGGAACUUGGAAAAUCGUGGGAGGAAGUUCAAUUGGAAGAUGAUCGGGAGCUGCUAGACCAUCAGGAAGAUGACUGGUCUGAUUGGGAAGAACGCCCUGACUCUGCUGUCUGCCUAUUUUGUGAAAAGCAAGCAGAAACAGUUGAGAAAUUAUGUGUCCACAUGGAGGAUGCUCACGAGUUUGAUCUCCUUAAAAUAAAGUCAGAACUUGGAUUAAAUUUCUACCAACAAGUGAAACUGGUCAAUUUCAUUCGGAGGCAAAUUCACCAAUGUAGGUGUUAUGGCUGCCAUGUGAAAUUCAAAUCCAAAGCAGAGUUAAGGACUCAUAUGGAAGAAGCUAAACAUACAUCACUGCUUCCUGAAAGAAAGACAUGGGAUCAACCAGAGUAUUAUUUUCCAACCUAUGAAAAUGACACUCUACUGUGUACACUGUCUGACAGUGAAAGUGACCUGACAGCUCAGGAACAAAAUGGAAAUAUUACCAUCAUCGGUGAAGAUACAUCUAAACUGCAUGCUUUGAAACAAAGCAGUAUUUUGAACCAGUUGCUACUGCAAGAGGGCUUGAAAAACUAGAAGAAAAUGCCACAGAAGCAACUUUUCAUGUUUUUCUCUUAUGAAACAAACUCAGAAAAAUAGUUUAAAUUUGAACAUUAGCAAAGGAUUAGUCCUUGGUGAAAUAAAAUUUUUAAAAAGUACUUUGCAAAAAAUAAAAUGAGGACUUUUUGUAUUUUUGGCUAUAAGUUUUACUGUGUAAUCAUUAUAAAUGAUCUCAUUUCAUUAGACUCGAUUAUCUAUAAUAAGGAGGACAUGCAGGGAUUGGAUCCUGGACCAAGAAAAAAUUUUCUUUUGCUAUAAAAGAUCUAGUGGGACAAAUGGCACACUUUUAAUAAGGUUGUAGCUAAUGUUAAUUGGUGUU